AUGAAACCUACCAUAAGAGCUCUAAUGGUAACAAACGCAAUUUCAAAUACUUCCGGCACGAAUACUACUAAACGAAUAUUUCUCAUGAGCACCACAGCCGAUCUAACACUGGAAAGGGCAGUCUUUCUUGAUGACUCUAUUAGACAGAGACUCCAGGAAUACUUUCGAGUGGACAGUUUUCUCACAUUGUGCCUGGGAUGGGUGAAACUUCAAGAAAG